AUGAAAUCGACAAAGAUUACUAAGACUCAAAGUAGUCUAGACAAAAGACUUUUAAAAAUAGGAUUGUUGUUGAUGGUUUUUAUCAUUUUACAAUUUGUAGUAUGUGAUCCAAUAUCUAUAUCUAUCACCAAUACCUCUCCUGCCGUCAUCGUCGAUGUAUCCUCCUUAUCACCACCACCAUCAUCAUCCUCAUCCUCUGAAGAAGAUACCAAAAUCAAUAUUAUAAAUGAUCAUAAUAAUAAUAAUAAUAACCAUAGAUCUUCAUAUGAUCCAGCAACAUUGCAACCAUGUAUUCAUCUAUGUUCACAAAACUAUACACAUGCAAAAACUGAAUGUUAUUCCAAUCGACAGGGAAUGGCUAUUUUAUUGAAAUGUUUUUCGAGAUCUGCUACUGAUUAUAGAUAUUGUGUCGAGUUUUGUAGUAUUGAAAGAGACAAGUAA